GAUGAAUUCUCGAUCAAGGAUGUUUUCGGUCUUCGGUCUCGACGAACAUCAUCAUUACACGGCACAGUACCACUUGGGCACGCCGGACGCAAGUAUACAAGACGUGGCACUAUGACAUCCCUUCAUCCAGUGCUAAAUUCGUCGCCGCUCCAUGAUAAUCUAUUCAAUGCGUAGCCCUCAUCAUACAUUUUCAAGCCGGGACGCGCGUCCUUAGAUAGCUUACGAACUCGAGAAGGGCUUGGCUAGGAGUUGAGUUCUUUCUUUAGAUGGCUAUCCAACAAACUAGAUAUGAGAGCCACUAUCAUGCGAUAACCUGUACACAGAUCACUUUCACUCAGUACACAUCAACUCGGAACUUCCAAUGGCUGCAGUACUCAACAAGACCCUCCCUCCCACCACCCUCGCCGACUGGGAGCGAUCCGACAAAUACCAUAACUCCCACCUGUUGCAGAACGACGAGACUCUCGAAGCUGCUCUCCAGAAUAGCGAGGCAAACGGGUUGCCAGUCAUUUCUGUCAGCCCUGCUCAAGGAAAAUUCUUGUACCUGUUGGCCAAGUCCAUUGGCGCAAAGAGGAUCUUGGAAGUUGGUACUCUUGGAGGAUAUUCCGCUAUCCACUUUGCGAGAGCGCUUCCAGACGACGGAAAGGUUACGACUUUAGAGUUGGAAGAGCGAUAUGCCAAGGUUGCCACCGAGAAUAUUAAAAAAGCAGGAGUGGCCUCCAAGAUUCAAAUCAUUGUCGGCCCCGCCCUUGACUCACUUCAAAAAAUGCCCUCGGAACCGAAGUUUGACUUUGCCUUCCUUGACGCCGACGGGGCGAAUUGCCUGAACUAUUUCAUCGAAUCUAAACGGCUUGUGCGUAAAGGAGGGAUUAUCGUACGUCAAUUUCUUCGUUUCUUCGUUUUCCCCGCUCAAGCACAAGCACAGUACGUGGACAACGUUGUUCGUAGUGGGGGCGUCGCGAAUCCUGCUGAUAAUAGUGAGAUUCCUACUGGCGUGAGGAAGCUCAUUUCUGCCUUGAAAGGCGACGAUGAGGUCGAGGCAACUACCAUUAGUACUGUUGGUGAAAAAGGAUACGACGGUUUUUUUGUAUGCUAUCAGGAAGUAGAGUUUGGUAUUACCGAAAUUUAAAUAGCAAGUCGCAUGCCCAGGAUGCGGCUUGACCAUCGGAAC